ACGUAAAAAUGAUGUGAAACUCUAAACUAAACAUAUCCAAUAUGUGAUGAAGAGAAACCAUGUUAUGGCGCAUUCUUCUAUCUAUCUAUCUUUCUAUGGUUACUGCCUGAGCUGAGUACCGAACCGUAGAUGAAUUCUACCUGCUUUAGUUGGAAUUAAACUUCCUGGCCCGGAGCAGUAGACACACUAGUAGGAGAUACAAACAGUUACACAUAUACCCGGAGAAACCAAACCUUGCUCCCGUCCCGUCUCAGAGGGUCGUAAUGUGAUACAGUUAGAGGACUACCACAGAUACACAACAAGCAGAGAGAGAAAAGAGAGUGAGAGAGAGAGUUACUAGAGCGGUCGUCUUUCUUCAACAAAAAUAAGAAGGAAUGUAAAGAGUUGGAGAAAAGAGAAGAAGGAGAAGAAGGAGAAGAAAAGAAUAAUUCAAUAUGUUUAAAGCCAACUAUAUGGACAGUAACUGUCUCCGGUGUAACAAGACUGUCUACCCCACGGAUAAGAUUGGUCCUCUAAAAGACUAUUCGUUUUUUCACAGCGGUUGCUUCCGCUGCGUAGAGUGCAGUUCAAAACUAACCCUAAAAACAUAUUUUAACAAUCAGCAUUCAAAUGAUGAUAAGGAAGUGUACUGCAGUACUCAUGUACCUAAAAUAGGAGCCGGGCAUCUAAACCAAGAAGCUCUAGGUAUAAAAGCUGCUCUAAAUGUCCCCCGGUUGAAUCAGUUUGUGAAUGAACAAAUUCGACCAGGAGGGAAAUCUCAGUUUGAUUCUGAAGCAAUCGCCAUAAAAGCGCAUCUGAACAACAGAAUUCAUAAUCAUCAGGAUAAGGUUGAUGUUAACUCUAACAAUGGAUAUCAUGAGAAGUCCCGGAACUGGGGCAGGUUUGAUUCCUCUGCCCUACAUAUACAACAUGCUCUUAAGCAGACUGCGGUACAGAAGAAAUAUCAUAAACCUCAUGCUCAAGCUAUCAACUCAUUCUUGGACGAGGAAGAGCAGAAGAGGUUGGAGGAGCAGCACAGGGUGGAGGAGGAGAAGCUCUACAAGGAGUUCGUGAGUAUUCGGAUGAAGGAGGAGGAGAAGGCUAUCCAGGGUAUACAGGAGGAGUGGGAGGUCGAGCUAACCAAGAUUACGGCCAAGUUUGAACGUGAUCUUCAGGUUAAAUCCAAGAACAAGGAGGAUCAGAAAGUUCUAACCCUGAAGUACGCGAAGGAGAAGGAUAUGUUUGAGAAGAACAUGACCUUGAAGCGGGAGAAGAAAAAGGACUCCGUGACCAAGAAGCUGCUUGAGCAAGAGAGAGCUGCUGCAGCUGCUCUCAUUGAGAAGCAAUCUGAGGAGAUGAUGGAUCUUAUUGCCAAGGAGAAAACAAAGCUCCUGGAGGUUGGAGAAGAUCUGGAGGAUGCACAAUCCUAUCCAACCCAACCUCCUCCUCCCCUCCCUCCAAAUUUCAAUAAGACGGAGAUCUAUAAGGACCCGGAGGAGUUUGCUGAGGUUGACCAGCGUGCUAUCACCGUAGCUCAGGAGGACCAGGAGACGUUUACAGAUUUAAUUCGACAACUCGUCGGAGAGUGUAAAUCCGAUGUAGAGAAGGCGAGAACUAUCUUCCGAUGGAUUACAGUGAAGAAUCUAAACUCUAUAAUGUUUGAGGAUACUCAGAGAGGGGAUACACCCAUGGGUCUACUCAGAGGGAUUAAAUUCGGGACGGAGAGUUAUCAUGUUCUUUUCAAACGUCUUUGCAGUUAUGCUGGGUUGCAUUGUGUAGUGAUCAAGGGUUAUAGUAAGAGUGCUGGCUACCAACCCGGAGUCAAGUUUGAGGAUAAUAGGUUUAGAAACUCAUGGAAUGCAGUUUACGUGGCUGGCGCCUGGCGCUUCGUUCAGUGCAACUGGGGCGCCAGGCACCUGGUCAAUGCUAAAGAGGUUCCCAAACCGGGCAAAGCAAAAUCAGAUAGUUUAAGGUAUGAAUAUGAUGAUCAUUAUUUUCUAACCGAUCCUAAGGAGUUUAUCUACGAGUUCUUCCCCCUGCAGCCCGAGUGGCAGCUCCUGAAGGAGGCGAUAAACCUCGAGGAAUUUGAGGAGCUUCCCUUCGUCAGAUCUCUCUUCUUCCGAUACCAGCUCGCCUUCCCAACCCAGCAUAUGAAAUCUGUCAUGCCAACAGAUCAAACAGGAGCAGCAACUGUUCGACUAGAGAUGCCUAUAGAUAUGCAGUCCGCCCUCAUAUUCCAUUAUAACCUCAAGUUCUAUAACAAGGAUACAGACAACUUCGAGGGAACAUCACUUAAACGAUUUGUCAUGCAGUCUGUUGUGAAUAACACUGUGGCUUUCCGAGUACACGCUCCGUGUUCUGCCAACCUUCUCCUAGAUAUAUUCGCUAAUGCAGUCACACCACAGGAAUAUUUAACAGGAGAGCCCAUGAAGUUUAAAUCUGUUUGUAAGUUUAAGAUUGUGUGCUCCGACCUACAAACUGUGAUGGUUCCUCUACCGGACUGUGCCUCCGGAGAAUGGGGUCCGGCGAAGGCAACUCGACUCUUUGGUCUCAUCCCUCUAACCCACCAGGACGCACUUAUCUUUGCGUCCCAAUCCCUUGAAAUCCAGUUUCAGAUGUCUCGUCCUCUCACAGACUUCAUGGCAACCCUGCACAAGAACGGGUUGGAGGAGAAGAAACUAUCCAAGUAUGUAUCUCAGCGUGUAUCCGGAGAUAUUGUGACGUUAUCCGUGAAUUUCCCCGAGGAGGGACAAUACGGGAUGGAUAUAUAUACUCGAGAGGUGAAUUCAACUCUUAAAUCAGAUUCUAAUGAGAAACAUCUGUUAACACACUGUUGUAAAUAUCUUAUCAAUUCUUCGAGAAAAAAUCGACAUUAAAGUAUUUUUUCUUAUCGUA